UAAUUACAAAUAUAAUGGUUCACAGAAGAAUUUUCGUUUUUAUAGUAAUUUUUCCGCACACAACUCAGGAUUACGGAAUAUGAGUUUAUAAUUGAAGAAAAGAAGAAGAAAAUGAAUUAUUUAUGAUAGAAGUGGAGGGGAUGCACAAUCAACUGUCAGCUGGCAUGGGAUUAUUAAAUGUUUAGUUGUUUAAAGAAUGUGGAUUUAAAAAAUAAAUUGAAAACAUGGGAAACAACCACGGCCAUGGGUCUAAAUCAGGUACAGCUACUCCAAAUUCAGUGGCCAGUUCAAAUAACGGCUCCAGGAAGAGUAUCACCAGGACAAGUUCUGGUGGAGAUAUCCAGAUUCAAGAAACUCCUAGCCCAAUGCAACCUGUAGAAAAAUUAGCAAAGAUUCUGGCGGAAAAAUCUCAAAAACUAGAGGGUGUCAAUGGCAUUACCAAAGACGUUUUCACUAGAUUUUUGUUCCCAAGAUACCAGGUCUUGGGAGGGAAACUCUAUGAUCAUUUUCUCAGACAUAGCAAGUCGAAGAAUAGUUAUAUGUCACAGAGUGCCUUCAAACAACAGUGUGAAGUGUAUCUAGGGAUUAUGGAUGAUGAUAAAGUAAGAGAAACUCUAGUUAAAAUGUGGGCAGUUUCAAAUCAAGAUACAGGAGGUGAUAUAAUGACUCCAGACGAAAUGAGAUGCCUGUUAAUGUGUACCUACCACAUAAGCAUGGACCAUUAUUCAGAAGGUCCGCAAAUGUGCCUUGCUUCCAACAAAACACUGAAAGCAGUAGUUGAUAGUUGUUUCCACAGUAAGAAACAAUUGUCGAUACAGUUCGUUACUCAUUGGAUCGAACUCAAUAUACCCAGAUUACUGUUUCCUCUUCAUAGAUAUGCUGUUCAUUGUUUGGCAACAUCAUGGAGAACAUUGGAAGAUUGUGAGCAUAGUCUUGCCAGUGGUGAUUCUCGUGAAAAGCCACAGAUGACAGGUGAUCACUGUGAAAUUCCUCCAUAUUCAGGUAUAGAAUUGGCCACGCCCGUAUUAGAAGAAGCCAAUCCGUUUCCUCAAGCCAAACCACAUCCUCAUUUGCUGACCAUGAGCAUGUCCUGGCUACUUGCUGGAGCCUUACCUCCUCUGUAUUCGAGACCACAAAAGGCACAUUCACCCAGCAACAGUGGAGUUGGAUUGGCAAACAUGUCAUUUCUUGCGAAACUUGUUUGUUCCAUUCCAUCCCAUUGGUCGAUCCUGUACGAUUCAGACGAGAUGGGCCUGGGUUCGAACCGAUUUCUUCAUCACGUGAUGAAUUACAAAGGACCAACUUUAAUUCUUAUUCGAGUCCAGGAUGGUCAAAAGUUUUGCAUAGCUUCACCCAACGAAUGGCGAGAGUCACAUCAUUAUUGGGGUGGAGAAGAAUGUGCCGUAUUUCAGCUAUUACCAAAGUUUCAACUAUUAGAAAAAGGUCCCAAAAUGUUAUAUUUGAAUUUUAGUGUUAGAGGAUAUCCACAUGGACUUCGAGUAGGUAGUGAUCCUAGAGCUCCAAUUAUUAGCAUCGAUGGCGGCUUUGAAAAGAUCGAGUGGCAAAAGAUUCCUUACUAUCUGGAAUGUAUAGAAGUAUGGGGUUGUGGAGACCAGGUGAGUAGAGAACGACAGCUGGAAGUUAAAAAAUGGGAAAAGAAGGAAGCAGAAAAACAACGCGUUGUGAAACUAAACGCCUCUGACUGGUUGGACCACCCAGACCGAUAUUUACUUCAGCUAGCGGGUAGACCGGAAUACCACCAAAAUCAAAAUCAAUCAUAGCUUAGGGCUCAUUUUAUUAGACCAAUUUUUUUACUUCACGUGCUCCAAGAGAGCGGCAAAUGUAUAGGAUACAUAUGGCGGCUUUCUAAAAUACUAAAAUGUUCAUCUGAUCGUUGCAUUUUCUUAUACUGUUAAAUUUAUAUUACAAAAUAUACAGUUGAGUCCAUGGCUCUUAAUCCGUGCAUUAUUAUUUAAAGCAUAUGGAAUAAGUCGGAAAUUUACUCCAUGCAACAAGUGACAGAAAAUGGCCACUCCUCCGAUCACGGAUUAUAUUAUAAAAGUUGACGUUAUCAAAUAAAUAGAAUGUAAAAUGUUAGUUUUGCUUUAAAAUUGUGGUGCAGAAUUACAGCUACAUUUGAAGCAGCUUAAUAAAUUAUUUUAUCAUUUGUGAUUAAUAAAUAAAUAAACAAUUUAUAAAAAAAUAUAUGAUUAAAUAUACAAUAAUAUUUACAGUGUGUUGAUAUAAUUAUAUACUACUAAAAUUAUAGUAAUAUGUUUGUAAGAUAAAAAUUUUCCAGCCAUAAUCUAAAAAAAUUCAGUAAAAUAUUUUCUUUUUGUCAUUUCUUUCAGUUUUGCGGAAACUUAAUCAAAACCAUUCCUUUGGGACCGUUCAAGUAUUACGUAACGCAUGUGGGGGGUCCAAAAUCUUAAAAAAUUGCGUUACGCAAUAGUUAAAAGCCCAUUAGAGUGCGUUACGUAGGGGGGGAAGGGGUCAAAAAUCUUCAAAAAUCGCGUUACGUAAUACUUGAACGCUCCCUUUAACUGUAUGAACGAGGAUAACUUUGUAUGUAAAUGAAUGGCAAAAUGAAAUACACUUACCAUAAAAGUUCAAACUCCAAUAUAAAAUUAAUUGUGAAAACAACUGUUUAUAUAAUAUAAAUAACUUCUAAAUGCAAAACAAGACAAGAAUAACAGCAAAAAUCCAACAAACUGACAGCAACAAGUAAACAAACCAGAAACGUCACAAAUUGUACUUAAAAUCUGAAAACGUCCACAAGUGUAUUUUUUCUACCCAUAUAUUUUCGAUGUACUGGAUGUAGAGCAUGCAUAAAAAUAACAUGUGUAUUUACUUAAUAACAGGCGGUAGCUGGUUCGUUUUUAUUUUCUUUUGUGGAAGAUGCUAGAUAAAAAGUAUGUAUUUUAUCUCUCGCCAGAUAUUAAUGACGCACGGGUAAGGAACCAUGGACUUAACUGUAUUUCAUUAUUAUUGAUAUUAAUAUUGAUUCGCAUUUUAAGACUAUACGGCAUACAUAUGGUGCUGUAAAAUUUUAAAAAUGAAAAAGUGUAAAAGUAUGUUUAAAAUUAUGUAUUUAAAGACUAUCUGAGUAGAAGGUAGUGAUUAUCCACAGCGUGUAUGUGGUACUGAGACACAGCACAGUCGCGCAACAUUUAAUACUACCUACGACGGUUUUAUAAUAAAUAUGCCCCUUUGUUCUAGUUUGUUAUAUUACUCCAAUAAUAUGCGGAAAUCUAUGUAUUAUCCUACUUGUAGAUAAAAUGAGUAUCUACACAAUAAGCAAAACAUGAAGAUUGUCCUAAAUAAGAGAGAGUGUAUAACAUUAUAGUCCAAGAGACAGCGCUGAAAAAUCUCUUUGAAUUUACUAAAGCUAGUUAUUUCACAGUUGAUUACUGUGAUUGUGUAGAGAAACAUACUGCGGUUAGUCUAGCGAAAUGUAGAACAGGGGUUAACAUACUGCGGUCGGUCAAGCGAAACGUAGAACAGGGGUUACUGAGAGGGUAUCAAA